GGGGCCCAGAACGGUGGGCUGGAACCUUCACCCUCGCUUCUCUGGAGCGUCGGGGAGCCGCAGUUGCGGAUGGGACGGCAGCUGUCAAUUUAGUCAUCUCGGCAGACUCCAUCAUCUUCAUGAUCCACUCUUCAAUUGUGGCCAAAGGUGGCUUUCUAAAAGAUGACCAUAGAGGAUCUUCCUGACCCUUCUGAAGAAGGAGUUUCAUUGACUAGAAGACACCAGUAUUUUAUCUCAGGCUCUGAAGAUUCAGUCACACAUUCAGUCUCUGCUGCACCAAUGCCUUCAGAAUAUGAGUUCUCCUUUUUCGAUCCAAAUGAUACAGCAUGCCGGGAAAUUCUUUUCAACCCCAAAACUUCUGUGUCUGAAUUAUUUGCUAUCUUAAGACAGUGGGUUCCCCAAGUUCAGCAAAACAUUGAUAUGAUAGGAAAUGAGAUCAUUAAGAGAGGCUGUAACGUGAAUGACAGAGAUGGCUUGACUGACAUGACUCUACUGCACUAUACUUGCAAGUCAGGAGCUCAUGGUAUUGGGGAUGUGGAAACAGCUGCAAAAUUUGCGUCUCAACUUAUUGACUUGGGUGCAGAUAUCAGUUUGAGGAGUCGCUGGACAAAUAUGAAUGCUCUGCACUAUGCUGCCUAUUUUGAUGUUCCAGAACUCAUUACUAUCAUUUUGAAAAAUGCAAAACCAAAAGUGUAUGACAACACAUCUUCCCUUCCUUGAGAUGACCAUUUUCAUGUUCAUGCUUAAUGGAGUCGUCACAGACAGGAGAUGUAGAAAUGCUGACAUCACAUUCUUCUAUAUUUGUUAUUUUAAAAAUUUUAAGCAUUUCCUCUGAGUAGCUCAAUCAUAGAAUAGUUAAGGUCUUAUCCUCCACACUCCCCUUUAGUUUUCAGAAAGAUACUGAGAUUGUGGAAUAUGGGAAUUAAUGGCUGCUUUCUGAUCAUCUUACGAGGUUUCAUGUCAAGUUGAAUUUGACAAAUAGAAUUAUGAUCAGUUCAUUUAUUCAUAGUUUUUUACUUUGGGUUUCAGCUUGAAGCUGUGUGAAUUAAAACAGAUGGAACAGACUAUUCUUUCCUGCUCCCUGUUCUUAUUUUGCUUCUUCCCAAACUGAAAAAUACACUGUACUCCUUCAAAAUUUAUCAGAAUUUCUACCACACUGAUAAAUUCAGCUUCUCUGCUUCAGUAGUGUAAUGAUUUAUAUUACCAGCUUCUUGUAGCUUUUGCUUUGAGGGAUGUGGAUGAUGAGGAGUAAGCAUUCCAGCUCUUCAUGUCUCCAACAAAUGAUCAGAAUGUCUUUCUCUCUCUUCAAACAUAUCAGUUGACAGUGUAAGAUUAGCCAUAUUGUAAGAGGCUGACAGUGUGAAUUAGUUACAUGGUAGCAAUCACACAGAAGAAUAUUCCCUAUGAGCCCAGACUGCUGAAUAUCCUCCCUAUGCAACCAUUCAUGCUGUUUGAUAAGAUUAAUUUGUUUUUUUGUAAAGCCUGUAUGUUUACAUAGAGGGCGUAUUGGCUCAUAGAGGAUGACUUGAGCAAGUUCUUCAGUGGCAGACCAAUAUCAGCAGUCAGUAACAACACGAUUGUUGUGUAAAGUUAACAGCCAUUAGGACUGUCAGUAACAUGUAGCAUUUUCUCUGAUGCUAAAAAGGUUUGUUGCACCUUGUUCCACAUAUUCUUUUGUCUAAAGAAAAGGAGAAAUGUUUAUGUAACAUUGAAAGAGAAGUUUACUUGCUUGGUUUCCAAAAGAUUUAACCAAGGAAAAUAAAAUCUGG